ACCUCCCACGCCUCGCCAUGCCUCCCCACGCCUCGCCAGGCCUCCCCACGCCUCGCCAGGCCUCCCCACGCCUCCCACGCCUCGCCAGGCCUCCCCACGCCUCCCCACGCCUCGCCAGGCCUCCCCACGCCUCGCCAGGCAUCCCCACGCCUCCCCACGCCUCGCCAGGCCUCCCCACGCCUCACUAGACCUCCCACGCCUCGCCAUGCCUCCCCACGCCUCGCCAGGCCUCCCCACGCCUCCCCACGCCUCGCCAGGCCUCCCACGCCUCCCACGCCUCGCCAGGCCUCCCCACGCCUCCCCACGCCUCGCCAGGCCUCCCCACGCCUCGCCAGGCAUCCCCACACCUCCCCACGCCUCCCCACGCCUCGCCAUGCCUCCCCACGCCUCACUAGACCUCCCACGCCUCGCCAUGCCUCCCCACGCCUCGCCAGGCCUCCCCACGCCUCCCCACGCCUCGCCAGGCCUCCCCACGCCUCCCCACGCCUCGCCAGGCCUCCCCACGCCUCCCCACGCCUCGCCAGGCCUCCCCACGCCUCGCCAGGCCUCCCCACAACCUCCCCACGCCUCCCCACGCCUCGCCAGGCCUCCCCACGCCUCCCCACGCCUCCCCACGCCUCCCCACGCCUCCCCACGCCUCCCCACGCCUCUCCACGCCUCUCCACGCCUCCCCACGCCUCCCCACGCCUCCCCACGCCUCCCCACGCCUCCCCACGCCUCCCCAUGCCUCCCCAUGCCUCUCCACGCCUCCCCACGCCUCCCCCACGCCUCUCCACGCCUCCCCACGCCUCUCCACGCCUACCCACGCCUCCCCACGCCUCCCCACGCCUCACCAUGCCUCCCCCACGCCUCGCCACGCCUCCCCCACGCCUCGCCAUGCCUCCUCCACGCCUCUCCACGCCUCCCCACGCCUCCCCACUCCUCGCCACGCCUCGCCAGGCCUCCCCACGUCUCCCCAUGCCUCCCCACGCCUCCCUACGCCUCCCCACGCCUCCCCACGCCCCACGCCUCCGUACGCCUCCCCAUGCCUCCCCACGCCUCUCCACGCCUCCCCACGCUUCCCCACGCCUCCCCACGCCUCGCCAGGCCUUCCCACGUCUCCCCACGCCUCCCCCAUGCCUCCCCACGUCUCCCCACGCCUCCCCCAUGCCUCCCCACGCCUCUCCACGCCUCGCCACACCUUGCCAGGCUCUCAGCCAAGCUUUACCUGCUGAUUAA